AUGAUACGACGGCGGCGCCGCCGCCGCGCCGGCCGAGGCCGGCGCCAGCCCCGCGGCGGCCUCCGCCAGCAGCGGCGGCGGCGGCGCGGUGGCCGCCGCGCUGGCGGCCGGCGGCUGCGCGGGCGCCUGGGCAGCGGUGCGUCGGCCUCGCCGGGCGCUGCUGGUGUUGGCAGCACGAGCGGCGAUCAGACGCCUAUCCGUGCGCAGGAGAUGCAUCGGCAUGCGACCGCUACUGCUGAAGCUCUCAGCGGCGAGCGCCUGCGCCCGGAGCUGGCUGGCGAGCCGGAGGCGCCGCUGGUCGGCGUGUACGAGCCCCUGCGGCCGGGGAGCCCGCCGCCGCUGCGGUUCUCGCGCGUCGCGUCCCUGGGCGCCGACGGGGACCGGACCACCGAUUGGCGAACAGAUAUGGCUUCGUGCACGGCUGGCCACGGUGCGCGUCAAGGGCAAGACAUCGUUCGCAGUCUUGAGGGAGCACAGCCUACACACUGUGCAGUGCGUCAAGUUCAAGUCGAAGGAGGACUCGAUGGAGGAGAAAGCGCGACUACGUUCGCGAAGUUCUUCAAGUCGCUGCCAUUAGAGAGCCUCCUGGACGUGCGCGGCGUGCUGGUCGAGUCAAACGUCACCAGCUGCACGCAGUCCACCGUCGAGCUGCAGAUGGACCGACCGUGCCUACGUGGUGUCCGAGUCCCAGGCGACGCUGCCGUUCCUGCUGGCGGACGCCCAGCGCGGCGAGAAGGAGAAAUUGAAGCUUCGCAAGAGACUGACAGACCAUAUGUGCGAGUAUUGCCAGAUCUGAGGUUGGACAAUCGUUGGCUGGAUCUCCGAGUCCCUGCCAACAACGGCAUUAUGCGAGUACAGGCUGCCGUGUGCCGCAUUUUCCGGAACACCCUGACCGCCAAGAGUUUCAUCGAGAUCCAUUCUCCGAAGUUGAUCUCAGGCGAAAGCGAAGGCGGUGCCGAUGUGUUCCGCACGGACUACUUUGGAAGGCAAGCAUCUCUGGCGCAGUCGCCGCAGCUCUACAAGCAGAUGGCGAUGUCAGCCGACUUACCUGGUGUAUUCGAGGUGGGGCCCGUUUUCCGCGCUGAGAAUUCCAAUACAAAUCGACAUCUUUGCGAAUUUACCGGCCUGGAUCUCGAGAUGCCGAUCGAUUGGCAUUACGAUGAGGUCGCAGGGGCUUGUUCACUUUGGUGA